UGGUCACUUGAGGAACUGUUGCGUUGGAGACAACCAACACUUUUAAACCCAAACACUUUGGAGUUAUUCGGAUUGUUCCACUGAUGGUAAAUUAAAGUAGAUAAGUACGUUACCAUGACCAUGCAGCGGCCGGUCCAGUCCGCUCCCCCGGCUGCGGUUGUGGGAUCUAAAGGCUGGAGGGACGCGACUGUCCGCUCGAUUCUGCGCGCCGAAGUUCUUCUGCGUCAAACUCACGUAGAUCAACUGCACUCAUCUACACGCUACCGCAGCCACAGCGUUGGGACAUUUAACGUUACCCACAGACUUCCUCCGUUAACAGCAUACAGUGUGAACAGCAGCGUCGAAAAGGAGCACAAUGAGAGUGACUCGGAAAAUAAAGACGAAUUCCGACCUAAAUCCACUGGAAGUAUGCUCACUUCUGGAGUCAUGAGCAGGCUGUUCCCCCCGCCGGCCCUGCGUGAUCAGAGUGCAGUUGUCAGCACCGGUAUGACGGGUGAAUAUAUGCGGGGUGUGAGAGAGGUGGAGGGUCACCUGCGCAGACAAGCAGGUAGGGUCACACAGGAGGGCACCAGGGUGGAGCAUCAAAGGGAACAACUGGAAAAAUUGCUCCGCAGUAUUAGGAAAGCAUUGCUGGUCAAUCAGCAAAGUGCAGACGGAAGGACAUUUCGACCGGCCACCACAGAGACAAUACUGGAUGGAGCUGAUGAUCUUCUACACAAAGAACAAAGAGGCCUGAAUGUGCUAAAACAAGAACUGGAGAGCAUAUUGAGAAAGACUUUAACUCAACAACAGGCUUUGGCUGAGAGCAGUAAGCAGUUGUUGGAUUGUGCCUUUGAGAGAUCCAGAGUAACAGAGCUGCUUCCCCAGCAUGGCUCACUCUCAGCGGGUGUGAAAACAUACCCUUCUCCCCUCUUACUGAAACCUGACUCCACUGGACCGUUCACUCCAGAGUGCAAACAGGCUUUGGAUUCUUCAUCAACAGUACUACGUGAAUCUCAGCAGCUCAGAGAGAACAUUUCACAAGUCAUGAGUGAUGUCAUCACAAAGCAAACAGAUAUGCACCGUUCAGCCAGCGAGGCCCUGCUGAACAAAAUCACUGAAACUAUCAACCUAGAGCAACAUCUGACACUGAGCUCAGCUGCCACAAGACAGGCCAUUUACCGCAAACAGAGACAGAUGCAAUGUGCUGGCUACAGUCUUGGCAGAGCUAUGGGCCCAGUCUGCAGUGCUGAUCUUUUUUGUCGUGAGAGAUUGAGCAGGCCUAUGACUCAGCUGUAUGGGCGGCAUUCAAGUGUUGGGCUGCCAGAAUCCGACCUCCUAACACAGGGCAGUACUAUGCUCCGGAAACAUCUGGAAUCCUCAGGGAAAGAGAUCACAGAGCUGCAGGUCGCUCAUCAGCAGCUGGAGGAUGACAAGUAUGGAAAGCAUGCCGCAGCCAGUGUGGACUCUGCUGUGGUCAGGCUGCGGCGAAGACUCGUACAUCCCCAGUCUGUCCGGCCUGCAACCAGUUAAAACUCUACUAACAGAAAUUUUAACAAAGAUUCACUUCACUUUCUAAAAGAAAUCUGGGGUAUUUCUAAGUUACAUGUGGUGUUUGCAAAAUAAGGGUAUGGUGAUUGUUAGUCAUUUGAAUAAUAUUCAGCAAAUACACAUGCAAAAACAUGUGACAGAUGUCUGAAUAUGUUUAAGAUUGUCAACAAACAGAAUGACACUCCAGUAUUAUUCAAAUACUAGAGCUAUAAUAAUAAUACAGUAAUAAAAAUAUUAAAUAAUUUAAGGGUUUUGACUGAUGAUUUGCUAUCUCCACCAAAGACUUAUAGUGUGGUACAAUUCUGAUACACUUCACCACUAAGCAGAGUUGGAGUCAUGAUCUUGAGACUACAUAAACAUGGUCUAGAUCUUGACUUAUGGUCUCAGACAAGACUGCAGUCUAUUUCCAUUUUACUAAAAGUGAUAAUUACCUCAACCAAUCGCUGACGCGUUAUCAUCAUCAUUACAGACAACUCUGAA